AUGGGGGAGGACAGUUACUGGUCUCCUCUGGGGCCCCCCCCUGCAGCCUGGCUCCACAGAGAGGGGGCCGCGGCCUCCAGAGACGCUGCCUACCCCACAGUGAAACCUCCACAGCGCUACAGCACCGAGGGAUGCUUCUGUCCUCAAGACGUGGUGGAGGAGGCCGUGCUGCUGCUGCUCAUCACAGAGUCAAUGACGAGCGGAGAGGCGGUGAUCAGUCGGAUGCCGGAUCAGGCCGAGGCGCGGCAGAGCAGCCUCCAGGACGCCUCCUCUGUGUACGACCUGCUGACCAUCGGCAUGGCCAGGAGGGGGCAGUACGCCAUGCUGUCAGAGUGUCUGGAGCGAGCCCUCAAGUUCUCCUUCAACGAGGUCCACCUGUGGCUCCAGCUGGGCCUGUCCCUCAUGUCUGCAGAGAAGGUGAGCUCACCCGCCUCAAAACACCCCAGGACCUCCCCCAGAACCUCCCCCCAGGACCUCCCCCAAGGACCUCCCCCCAAUACCACCCCCAAGGACCUCCCCCCAAUACCACCCCCAAGGACCUCCCAUAGGACCUCCCCCAAGGACCUCCCAUAG